AUCUCUUCUCCAACCAACUUCCACCGCUUGCUCUGGCAGUGGUACCCACCCGACGCCCGCCUCCCUUCCUUCGUGCAUCGGCGAUCCGCGCUACCCACCGGAGGUCGCCUCCCUCCCCACUCUGCACGACGAACCCCCAUAUCGAGCCUACACCCGCAUCAUUCCCAUCUCCCAGGUGCCAUGGUCUCGUUCCGCACAGGGAGCUCUGCCCCCGGACCCGCCGGCCGCCUCCCUCACCACCCGCACGACGAGGCAGACCGACUGACGUGCCACCUGCACGAUGAGCCCAGACUCAUCGGCGCAUUCCUCCCCACCCGCCGGUGCGUCCAUUCCUAGCCGCCGGUGCACCACGCUCAUCACCCGGUCGGCACGCCAAUCAACUACGGCCAACUCCUCAGUGAAUGUUCCAAAGUGCGCUGGCCUUGUUUUAUGAUUUCUCAUAUAUCUCUCCAUCUUCUGUGACUUGCCUGAUUCCUGUGUUCCCAGCUGCUCAGUGAAUGUCGCUAUUUCUUUAUGUGUUGCUAGCAUCUAUUAUUUAGAUUGCGAGACGAGCUUGAACUCUGCAAUAGAUUUAUGACAUGUUUUUUGUUUCA